UUUGCUUUAUUGAAAAGUCGAAGCAAAUCCACACUGUUCUCUAUACGUCUAUGUGGAGCCCAGGCAGGGAGGAUGCUGUUAGGAGAGACAACCAGUUGCUCUCCAGCUGUCACAGUAGUCUAAAAGUGGAGCCUCCCAUACGCGCCGACGGAUGAACAUCCUCGACCUGUUGCCUCGGUGUGAAGAAAAAGUACAGCAGUAUUUUCAUCGGAGCCUUAAAAAAAGAAAUUAUUUUUUUUUCUGUUGAAGGAGGGAGAUCGAAGAUAGUACCAUGAGGCUCAUCAAUGCAUUCGUCACUAAUUUAUGUUUUGAAUAACAGAAAAAAAAGAGGAGCGGAGUUGGUUUAGGAGGGAAACACCUCCUCUACGUGGAGCUGCAGCUUGCGGUGGUAUUUGUCCCCAUCUCUGUGUUUUAAGGAGGAGGACCAUGGUCGAACUGGAAAAGGAGGUGCUCCCACUGCCCCCUCGGUACCGGUUCCGAGACCUGUUGCUUGGGGACUGGCAGGCCGAUGACAGGGUGCAAGUAGAGUUCUAUGUGAAUGAAAACACUUUCAAGGAGCGCCUCAAGCUCUUCUUCAUCAAAAACCAAAGAUCCAGUCUGCGAGUGCGAAUGUUUAACUUUGCUCUGAAAGUGCUGAGCUGCCUCCUCUACAUUGUCCGAGUCCUGCUUGACAACCCACAAGAGGAAAGGCAGGACUGUGUUAACGAAGUUAACUGUACCAAACAAAACACAUCAUCCCGUCCUUGGAGUGAGUUUGACUGGAAACUCAUCAUCUGGGUUGAUAGACCUCUACCGCUGUGGGCACUGCAGGUGCUUGUGGCUUUUAUCAGCUUUUCAGAAACUAUGUUGCUUCUGUAUCUCAGCUACAAGGGCAACGUUUGGGAGCAAGUAUUACGUGUCCCCUUCAUUUUGGAGAUGAUCAGCGCCAUCCCUUUCAUGAUCACUGUGAUUUUGCCCUCCUUAAGAAAUCUCUUCAUCCCAGUAUUUCUCAAUUGCUGGCUGGCCAAACACGCUUUGGAGAACAUGAUACCCACCAGUUUUAUCUCAAAACUACUGUUUAGGAUAAAACCUGCUGUGAAGAAUGAUCUCCACAGGGCAAUCCAGCGGACACACUCGGCCAUGUUUAACCAGGUAGUGAUACUUAUCAGCACACUGGUCUGUCUCAUGUUUACAUGCAUCUGCGGCAUUCAACACCUGGAACGUGCCGGCAACAACCUGACUCUGUUUGACUCGCUUUACUUCUGCGUGGUCACCUUCUCCACAGUGGGAUUUGGAGAUGUCACCCCACGGAUCUGGCCCUCACAGCUGCUAGUAGUCAUCAUGAUCUUUGUGGCUCUCAUUGUGCUUCCCAUCCAGUUUGAGCAGCUGGCCUUUCUGUGGAUGGAGCGGCAGAAAUCUGGGGGCAACUACAGUCGCUACAGGGCACAGACGGAAAAACAUGUGGUGCUGUGCGUCAGCUGUCUCAAGAUUGACCUCCUCAUGGACUUCCUCAACGAGUUCUUCGCUCACCCCCGGCUGCAGGACUACUAUGUGGUGAUCCUUUGCCCGGCUGAGAUGGAUGUCCAGGUUAGGAGGGUCCUUCAUGUCCCUCUGUGGGCCCAGAGAGUUAUCUACCUGCAGGGAUCUGCCCUCAAAGACCAAGACCUGAUGAGGGCAAAGAUGGACGAUGCUGAGGCCUGCUUUAUCCUCAGCAACCGGUUUGAAGUGGACCGCAUUGCUGCUGAUCAUCAGACCAUCCUCCGAGCCUGGGCAGUCAAAGACUUCGCUCCAAAUUGCCCUCUUUACGUCCAGAUCCUUAAGCCAGAAAACAAGUUCCACGUCAAGUUUGCAGAUCAUGUUGUGUGUGAAGAAGAGUUUAAGUAUGCCAUGCUGGCCUUAAACUGUGUGUGCCCCGGUACCUCAACUCUAAUCACUCUAUUGAUCCACUCCUCUAGAGGACAAACGGCACCACAAGAGGCAUUCAAACAACGUGCAGGAGCCUUUCAAGCCCUUAACAGGGAAGGUGGUGCAAGUUCAGCAGAUCAAUGGCACCGGACCUACAGGCGCUGCUCAGCCAAUGAGGUACAUCACAUCCGCCUGGAAGAAAGCAAAUUCUUUGGGGAAUACCAGGGCAAGAGUUUCACUUUUGCCUCCUUUCAUGCACAUAAAAAGUAUGGAGUCUGUUUAAUUGGAGUACGAAGACUGGACACCACCAACAUUUUGCUAAAUCCCGGACCAUGCCAUAUCAUGGGGGCCUCUGACACAUGCUUUUACAUCAACAUUUCCAAAGAGGAGAACUCAGCAUUUGUCAGGGGGCAGAGAGAACCAUCAUGGGGUAGCACAGGAGGAAAUGCCAGAGGAGUACAUCAAAGCAUCUACCAUGGACUCACCCGCCUGCCAGUCCACAGCAUCAUCGCCAGCAUGGGCACCGUGGCCAUCGACCUGCAGGACUCCAGUGAUAGCAGCCCAGAAGGCCAGGACCCAGGUAGUACAGGGCUCGGCAGUGGAAGAGGGAGCAGAAGCAGCUCAAGGACAGAGAUGGGGGGCACCAACACUUUGGCUCUGCCAGCCAUGGGAGAUUCAGCAGAGGAAAGACGGCACAGCAUUGCCCCAGUCUUGGAGCUAGUGGAUGGUGUCAAUAACCCCACCUUUGACCUAUUGGCUGAUCAGUCAGAAGAUGAAGGAGGAGAGGAAGGGAAGGAUGACAGUGACAGAGAUGAGAGCGCCCACUGGUGGGGCCGACACUGCGAGUGGGUGAAAGGAUACCCGCUAAACUCUCCAUACAUUGGCAGCUCACCUGCACUGUGCCAUCUCUUACAAGAAAAGAUGCCUUUCUGCUGCCUACGCAUGGACAAGGCUUGUCACCACAUCCCUUUUGAGGAUGCCCGCGCCUAUGGCUUCAAAAACAAAUUGAUCAUUGUGUCUGCGGAGAGCGCAGGAAAUGGUUUGUACAACUUUAUUGUGCCUCUCCGGGCUUACUACCGACCAAGGAAGGAGCUCAAUCCCAUCGUGCUGCUGUUGGAGAGCAUACCUGAAGCUGACUUUUUGGAAGCAAUCUGUUGGUUUCCCAUGGUUUUCUACACAGUGGGCUCCAUCGACAAUCUGGACAGUCUGCUGCGAUGUGGAGUUACAUUUGCCAACACUAUGGUAGUGGUGGACAAAGAGAGCUCCAUGAUUGCAGAAGAGGACUACAUGGCUGAUGCCAAAACUAUCGUCAAUGUCCAAACCCUGUUCAGACUGUUCCCAGCUCUAAGUAUCAUCACGGAGCUCACACAUCCUGCCAACAUGCGCUUCAUGCAGUUCAAAGUCAAAGACCACUACUCCCUGGCUCUGUCCAAGCUGGAGAAGAAAGAAAGAGAGAAGGGAUCCAAUCUGGUCUUUAUGUUCCGCCUGCCCUUUGCCGCUGGGAAAGUGUUCAGUGUUAGCAUGCUGGACACUCUCCUCUACCAGUCAUUUGUGAAGGACUACAUGAUCUCAAUCACUAGGCUGCUGCUUGGUUUGGACUCCAUGCCUGGCUCAGGUUUCCUCUGCGCUAUGAAAAUCACAGAGGAUGACCUGUGGAUCCGAAACUAUGGCAGGCUCUACCAGAAGCUAUGCUCCUCAACUGGAGAUAUUCCCAUAGGCAUCUACCGCACAGAAGCCCACAAGCUUCCAGUGUCUGAAUCCCAGGUAUCCAUCACAGUUGAAGACUACGAGGACACCAGGGAACCCAGAGAACCUCUCCUGUCCCGCACCAGUACCCACCGUAACUCCACUUCCUCAGAACCCAUCUCCACCUCCUCCCACACUUCAGACCACCCACUGCUCAGAAGGAAGAGCAUGCAGUGGGCCCGACGGCUGAGCAGAAAGGGGGGUCGGGGAUCCAGUGGGGCCAAAGGUGGUCCGGGCAGUGCAGCAGAAAGAAUAAGCCAACAGAGAUUAACCCUGUUCAGACGCUCAGAAAGGCAGGAACUCAACGCGCUGGUGCGAACGAGAAUGAAACAUUUGGGUCUUUCUCCUACUGGAUUCAAUGGGAUGACAGAUCAAGGAAACAGACUGUCGUACAUCCUCAUAAACCCCUCUCCAGACACCAGACUGGAGCUGCACGAUGUUGUGUACCUGAUCAGACCAGACCCCCUCUCCCUGGUGCCCAAUCAGGGGAGCAGCAGGAAGUGCAGCGCUGGACUAUCAGAGAGCCACAGGUUCGAUACGCAGGACAGCACCCAUCUGUGAGACAAAAAAAAAAAAGACAAGAAAAAACUAAAAGAGAAAAAACUAAAGUGCUGUCAUGAAACCACCAGAGAGAGAGAAAAAAAAUGACGUUGACACAAUCAUGACAAAGAGGCAAAAUUCACAAAAUGGUGAGACAGAAAAAGAGACAAGUGGCACAAAACCCUCAUGUUUUUAGUCUCAGUGAACUUGCAUUGCCAGACAUGCAUCAACCUUUUCUAUAAAGAUGGGAAUGUUUUAUUUAUGCACCUUCCUACUUUCAAAGCGAAGAACUGUGGACACAGAAGUGCAUUUAAUUAAAAAUUGUAUGUAUUUAUAUCUGUGUAUGUGCAUGUUAUGUACUGCAUCAUGUACUGUACCUGCAGUGUGUUUGUAUAUACAGUCGCAUGCAAAAUAUUUCUGUUACUGCAAAAGGUUUAGUGAUUUGAAAAUGAACUGAUCUUAUAAAGUAAAAGAUGACAGAAUGUCUUCAGAGUUUUAGGAAAGCUUAGUGCGUCAAUGUUAUUUGUGCAAUUGAAAAGUAAAAGAAAGGAGCAGCAA